AUGUCCGCUCUAAAGCAAUUGCUUGUUUUACUCGGGAUGGUGGCUCUGGUGGCCGCACAAGAGUUGGUCGAUGCCAACACCCGCACCGUUGAAGAGCGCGGACGGCGGAAACGGUUUUACAAGUUUUUCUUGAAGGCUCUUGGACCGGUCUUGUCAACCCUCACAACGGUCGUGCUGGUUAAGGCCAAAUUGGUGUUUGUGGGCCUUAUCAUAGCGGGAAUCUACUUCUUUGGUCACAAAAUACUUCCGGGACACUUUUUCGGUUCCUCGAUCAUUAGUGAAACUCCGCCACCGUUCAUCGAUGCCGGUGGCUUCACGGAUUACCAUGCCCACCACCACGGCCACGAAAUCAUCUCUAGCUAUCCCGGACCAGAGCCCUUCUCGGGGUAUGGAUCAGAACCCUUCUCGAGCUAUGGCCCACCGCCAAGCGGUGGUGCGUCGUCGUACUCUUCCUCCUCGACCUACACCGCACCCGGAACACGGCGCAAACGAGACAUUGCUGACGAGGAGCAACCCAUUGAUGAUGCCGAGGAUGAGCUUGGUCCAGAUGAAAUGUACUGGACCGACACGAUAACCGACAUGGCGUUCCGGCUCCUCGGUGUAAAUCGUCGUGCCUGCCAGAAGCGGUUCGUCUGUGAGUUUGACUUCCAGGCCAGAAGGAAUCCGCUGUUGCUGUUCAUGACCCGCAUCGUAGGACGCGAUAUUUUCCACAACUACCGAGACGCUAGUGAUGAGAGGGCACAAACCUAUCGAGACUGUGGCCGUAUCCAUGAGGAGUGCAAAGUGCCGCAGCGCAGGAAGAACGUUCGUCGACCGCCGGCACGUGUACCGGUGGUGGAGCAGCCUUCCGAGCAGAUGGACCAGCCCCAGUCCGAGUCGUACAGUUACGACACACAAGAGAAUGAAGUCGGCGAUUCGGAAUCAACGACCACCGCCCCGACCGUUAGCCCUUUGAGAGGGAAACUAAUCCUGAAACGUGUGAAUCGAUUCCGACGAAACUAG